GAAUAGACCGGUCAAGGUGUAAUGUUGAAUAAGAGAAUGUGUUUGUUUUUCUCUUGUCAGGGAGCUUGAAAAGAAGAGGCUGUCAAGAUGCCUAAAGCUGGUGGCGCUUCGGGUGCUCCCAAGAAGGGUCUGACGCUCGAUGACCUCAUCGCGGCCAUUGACCGGCAUGAAAGGAACCUGAGCAAUAUUCCUAAGGUCGACAAGUUCCAUUUUUGUGGAGAGAGAGUCUCAGAAUGGCUGGAGCGGGUGGAACAAGCUUUGGUCGGGCGGCCGGACGUUGUAAAGUUUCAACGCAUCCUUCAGUAUGUCCUCCACAGCUACCAUCAAGAGGUGAAAGCAUUUUCGCUUAGCCUAUCGGACGUCGGAAAGGCCAUGGACUUGGUGGCCUCACAUGAGAUGGCGGAUCCGGAUGCCAUCCAGGCCUUGAGGGAGCAAGUUCUGGAAUGCCCCGAGGCUGGGAGAUUGGAGCUGGUCUAUCGUCUUCCGGACGGAACGAGGAAUCCCGCGUCCGCGCAGGCGAAAUCUGUGAGCCGGCCUUUUUUAGGGGACGACUCAAGCAGGGUUCCCAAAGGCUGGAAUGAAGGGGAGUUGAUUAUAGGGGAGCCCGACUUCCUAUUGCCUCAGGAACGGACAUUGAUGGUGGAGUUGAUGAAAAUGAGGCAUCGCGCCUAUGCGUUUACUGACGAGGGGCGUGACAGGCUGGAUGUGGACAAAAUACAUAUGAUCCGCAUCCACACUGUGCCACACGGGCCUUGGAACAUGAGAGGGAUGCGAUAUCCUAAUCCUGACGAGGAGAAGAAGGUGGUGGAUUACCUCGACGGCAAGAUACGUACGCACGUCGCCGAUUAUUCGAGUGAACCGUAUGCGUCCCCGUGGUUCUGCUUCAUCAAACCUAACGGGACGCUGCGGUGGGUGCAAGAUUUGCAGAGGCUGAAUGCGGUAACCGUGCGGGGUGCUGGUGGACUGCCAAAUGCGGAUGCUCUGUCAGAAUCCUAUGCUGGAAGACCUAUAAUCUCACUUAUAGACCUUUACUCAGGAUAUGAUCAGUUUCCAGUCUACCUGCCGGAUAGGCCGGUGACGGCUAUGCACACGCCACGAGGAUUAAUCCACAUGAAUGUGGCCCCACAAGGGUGGACCAACGCGGUAGCAAUGGUCCAACGGGCCAUGAUUCGUGUUAUGCAGUCAGUCAGCCCUCAUAUCACACAACCAUACAUCGAUGAUUCGGCAGUGAAGGGGCCGGCAGUGAAGGAGAGCGACGAAGUCUCGCCAGGGGUAAGGCGCUUUGUUUGGAAGCAUAUCCAGGAAGGGGAGGCGGUGGAGAAUACGCCCCCCGUUUAUGGAUUUCUGGACCAGGAAGAAGAUGUCCGUCUCCAUAUCAACAAGUGGUCGCCGCGGGUGCCUAGCUGUGUGGGCUAUCCUAUUUGGCAAGCGCCGAGUGGAUACGAGAGGAGGGCAGAGCUAGUCCUCAAACCCUUUGAAGAAGAAGAUCCUUGGGGAGGUAAGGAUAUUCAGUGGAUGAUGGAGUUGGCGUUGGCCAGUAAGCAUAGUCUUGUGGAAGACAUAAGGACGAUCCAGGAAGGACCAGGCCAAGUAGAACGGCAUGAGGAUCUGAUGGGAGGAAUGUAUCUCCUCGUCAACACGCUAUUGCAGGAAAGCCUCGACCAGUCAAGCUCGUUGAACCCGAUAGGGAAUGUGGACGAAGUGCCCGAGAGCCAGGACGACGAGUUCGAGGAGGGGGAAAUUAAGGAUGUCUUUCGCGCAGAAGAGUAUGAUGAAAUUUACCUAGAGCUGGGGCUUCUCUUGUCUUGCGAGAUGCGGCUAAGGGAUACAAGCGAUAGGGCUCAGAGGAUGUUGCAGCGCUACUUAGUGCGAGACGAUCACCUUUUCGUAAGAAGAGAAGUGGGAAAUCCCAAGAGAGUCGUCUGCGGUAGGAACUGCCAGAUUGACGUCGUAGCAGCACUUCAUGAUGGCAUUGCAGGAGGGCAUCGAGGGGUACAAGCCACGUCUGACUUUACGAAGACAGCCAUGCCAAGAGGAGGGAAGGGGACACGGCCGCCUCAAAGGCCGUUGGGAGCAUCAGGAGGAUAUGAGCGGCAUGGGCUUCGCUAUCGAGAGAGUACUCCGGUGUACGAUGAUGGGGACAUCGAGCUAUUCCUGGACAACUUUUGGGAUCAUGCGAGGCCGUCGCCUCGGGGUGAGGAGCGUGGAAGGCAGGCAGAGGAGGUGCCACGAGAGGAGGUGCCACGAGAGGAGGUGCCGCAGGAGGAGGUCCAGGACACUCAGCGAGAGAGAGGGUUGGACGAUGAGGGGAGACGUGCAGGGAAGGAAGUGAUAGAGGUUGGAGAAGACACGCCCCCUCAGACGCGAGCGGUGGGUUUGAGACUCGGGGAUGCACCGGGGAACACUCGCCAGGUAGGGGAGGGGUUGCAGAGAGAGGAGGCCCCAUUACCUUCAUCAGAAAAGGCUUCUUCACUAGAAGAGAGAGCAGAAAGGAGGAGAGAGAGGGAAGCUGUAAGGAGAGAAGCCUUGACCCUGAUUGACAGACACCUAGCAGCUCAUGCCCUGGAGCACCCAGACCUGGAAGAGCCAACACCUGCAGAGCCGCGCAAGGAGCCGUGCCAGCCCGAGAAGGAGAUGGAGGCAGAGAUCCCGAAGAGGGUUGACCUCCGCACGAGGGAAACGGCGCCAACUGGAGAGACAAUUGAGGAAAAGAGGGCGAGAAGAACCAGGAGGAUAGACGAGAUAUGGCAAGAGAGGCAGAGGUUGGAGGCAGCGGGGGAGCUUCCGGAGCAGCAGCAGAAAAGGCAGAGAUCGAAGGCAGCAGGAGCACUCUCAGCUAUCAUCGAGAGCCUAAGACAACGAUCUCAGGGAGAGGUGGACAAGCCAGAGAGCAGCCGACAGGGAGAGCAGAGCCAACCAGGACAUGGUUUGCCAGGACAACCAUCUGCAGCAGAGACUAGCCAGGAGCCACCUAUAGGGAGAGUCAUCCUAGAAGCAGAGAAGACGAGAGCUCAGAGGGAGGGGAGAGCUAAGAGGGAGGCAGAGAGAGAGGCCUUCGAGUUCAGAGCCCCUACUGAGCUCGCAACGCUACCUAUAGCAGCGGCGGGCCCAGUCAUACCUUUGGCAGAUGAGGAGGGAUUACCACCAUCCAGCAGUGAGCCGGCUCAGGGCUCGGCAGCGGGAUCUAUGGAUGUGCUCAUCGAGGCGGUGCACUCGAUGCAGGAGGAGGUGAGUUUGUUUUCACCCGAGCGGAGGAUAGAGGAGCCUCUUAAAAGGGAGAUGAGGAUUGAGGCUGAGGGUGUCAUCGAGGGCGGGCUCCAGAGGUUGGGCACGCCUGAGUAUGGGCCAGAGGGGAUUGAGGACCGACCUGGACCGAGUACCUAAGAGUUGGAGACACGAGAGGAGCCCUUGGAUAUGCCUCAGAGCCAUGAGUUGAGCAGGGAGGCAAGCGAAGCACCAUCGU